AUGGAUUGCGGCCUCUCAACAGGCACUCAGCUCCCGAGCGAUGGGCUACGGGAACGAAAUGUGGCCUCUUAUUCUGACCUAAACGUCAAUUCUGAGAUUCCCACCGUCACACCCGAGAGCAAUGGCAAGGACAAGGCGGGCAAGACCUUUGGUCGUACUCCAGACGGUACAGUGUUCACCGUGCCUCAAACCCAUGACAUGGUCUCGCAGCUUUUGUCGCCCUCGGAGCCAAAGAACCUUUCUGAUUUACUCGUUUUGACCAUACUCAUUGCUCACAUUUUCCUGCUAUGGGUGCUCCCUGCAGCGGCCAGAGUCCCUGUCUUUGCUGCCCUUUACCUCUUCUGGCGUGCUGGUUACAAUGCGGGGAUUGGCUGGCUGCUUCACAACCAGUCUCAUCACAAGACCCUCGUCCGCUGGGCUGAGAAGUCGAAUAUCUUUGUGAACCCCUCCACCGGCAAGAACCCUUACCCUCAGCUUUAUAACUUGAUCAAGCGUGAACUGGAAACCAAAAUCCCCCACGACUAUUCCUUCGAGGAAGCUCCGAUUGAGUACAAUACCUGGCUUGUCUUCAGACGCCUGGUAGACCUGAUCUUGAUGUGUGACUUCACCUCUUACUGCCUCUUUGCGAUCGCUUGCAGCCGGCAUCCUACUAACGAAAGCGUGCUGAUGACCAUCCUGCGGUGGACUUCCGGCAUCGCACUGUUCCUCUUCAAUCUCUGGGUCAAGCUUGACGCCCAUCGGGUGGUCAAAGAUUAUGCCUGGUACUGGGGUGAUUUCUUCUACCUCAUCGACCAAGACUUGACGUUUGACGGGGUCUUUGAGAUGGCACCCCACCCCAUGUAUUCGGUCGGAUAUGCCGGCUACUAUGGUAUUUCACUGAUGGCAGCAAGCUAUAAGGUGCUGUUCAUUUCUAUUAUCGCCCAUGCAGCUCAAUUCGCUUUCCUCGUGUUUGUCGAGAAUCCUCAUAUUGACAAAACGUACAAUCCUCCCCCACCGCGAAAACGUACUCCCACCAUCACCGAUCAAGACUCGGUCUCGACGACAUCGCAGCGUCCGGAUUCUCCAAAUGCGCCAUCCUUGCACGAUGAAGCUGUGCCCCACGCGCCAACGUUCAGCAGUCCGCCCCCCUCUGUUCACAAUCUCCUUGGGCUCAACAAUCUAGACUUGUAUAGAAUCACGGACAGUUCGUCUAUCCUGGUCCAGUUCCUCAUGUUCUCGUUGACUGUUUUGACACCUUCGACACCCUGGUAUCAGUUCCUCUUUGUGGUGAACGCCGCGGUCUGGAGGCUCUGGUAUUCCUUGGGUGUCGGGUAUCUUCUCAAUCGACAGUCCAGUAGUAAAGCAUGGACCCGGCACUUUGUCAAGUAUGGCGAGACGCCUCAUGAGGCGUGGAACCAAUGGAAAGGCACGUACCACCUAAGCAUGAUCAUGUGUUACACGAGCUUCAUCGCAGCCGUGUGGAAGAUGUACACUUUUCCCUCUGAUUGGGGGUACGGUCUCGCCAUUCUCCGCCAUGUGCUAGGAGCUAGUCUUAUCAGUCUCCAACUUUGGACAUCGAUGAGUAUCUACGAAUCGCUCGGCGAAUUUGGCUGGUUCUAUGGGGAUUUCUUCUUUGAUGAAUCCCCCAAGCUGACCUACAAUGGCAUCUAUCGUUUCUUGAACAACCCUGAGCGUGUUCUGGGCUUGGCCGGUGUUUGGGGCGCUGUUCUCAUCACCGCAAGUGGCACCGUGGCUUUCCUCGCCUUCCUAAGUCACAUACUUAGUCUGGGUUUCAUUCAAUUUGUGGAACGACCUCACAUGCAGAAGCUGUAUGGCCGAAGCUUGCGUCAAGAUGCGGGUCUUGUAAAGAGUCUGAAACGGUCCCUUCCGCCUUCACUGAAACAGUUGCACGGCAGUGUGGACAAGAUGUUCGAUGAGUCGUACGAGUUCAUCGAAGAAAUUAUUGACAGCGCACGGCCUAAGCUCGCCGCUGGCGUGAACACGUUCGUCCGGGACACAACUGCGCUUUUCCAGAAAUAUCCUGCCCGUGUUACCAUCUCACGCAUUGAUGCUGACUUAGCCGGGUACGAUCUGCGGGACUACUCUCUGUCCGUCGAUGCAAGUGGCUCACUACCUCUCGAUGAAGGCGACCUCAGCAAGGAGGGAGACGCCGCUCGCACGCCUCUUGACCGACGCGGUGACUUCGAAAACCUCGUCUUCCCGUACGGUGCCCCGGUUAAAGUCAAAUGGACUGCCCCUCUCAACCACAGCAAGAAGGACUGGAUUGGUCUGUACAAGGUUACUGACAACACAUCCCGAGAGGUCUCCCGCGUGUCUUCACAAGGCAGAUGGGUUGCCAUCAAUGAAGGCUCGUACGACAACCUCACCUGCGAAAAGGGCAUUAUCACCAGUGAUCUUGUCUCAACCAUCCAAAUUGACGGUGGGGACAAGCACGAAAUCGCAACUGGUGAGGUGUCUUUCUCCGGAGACAAGCUCUUUUGGAGCCAAGGUGUAUUUGAAUUCCGCUACCACCACAACGGCAAGCACAAUGUCAUGGCCAUCUCAAGACCGUUUGAGAUCCGUAUUCCUCGUUUCGAAGAGGAAGAUCACUUUGACAUGUCCCAGACAGCCGUUGAAACGAGCCUUUUGCCUGUGGUCCAGAACUGCUUCGACCUAGACCCGGAGAUCGCACCGGAGACUGUCGAGGAACAGUACGGAAGCUUGGUCGAUCGGGAUGGUAAAUUCGCCAAGAGGGUCGUUUUUGCCGUUCACCAAAUGUUCGGUGUUGAGUUCGCCCCUGAGGUCGUCCGCUCCGACGGCAAUGUCCGCAACCUCGCCCGGCGGAUCUGCAACGCAAAGAGAGUCCUGGCUCCUUAUAGUAUUUCCCGAAACGGCGCCACCACGCCAACUGAGGGCAAAGAAUAA